AUGGCCUUCAGAAAUGCUCGUCACACUUUGUCUGAGCCCAACACACUUAGUCAACUCAGCACACUAUCGCAGGCACCGGUCGGCUCUACCUCGGCGCCCGCCUCGUUGACUACCACAUUGUCUAUUACCCUGACACUUCCAUCGACGACAAUCGUUACUGCUUCACUUAGCGAGAUACCAAAUUCGGCACCAGCCCCGUCUAUUAUCUCUCUCGACCCCAUAUGUGCAGGUCAAGGUGUUGAUGCGGCGGCUACAGGUGUAAUCGCAUCGCUUGUUCUCACAACUGCUGUCGGAAUCGUUAUAUGGCUCUUCUUCGCUGUAAUCCGUCCUAGACUUCCGGCACUCUAUGCGGCGCGGGAAUGGUUUGUUCGGCCUAACCUUCGACCUCCACCCCUUCGUUCGACCUUCUGGGCCUUUUUGUUUCCUCCUGUACCACUUAUACCCGACCUGUCUUCACAUGCUCCGUUCCCAUCGGAUGGUGAACUCGCACAGAGAACAUUAUGGGUUGCGUUCCUUCUUGUUUUCGGCUGGACGAUUGUUGGUCUAAUUGGAGCGCUACCACUCUAUCUUGUUGGAACACCAUGUCUCGGGGACUCUUACCCACGCGCUGUCUUUGGCGGCCGUGUGUCUACAUUACAAGACCUGUCCCUGCUUCGGCUACUAAAAAUGUACGACGAAGGUGCUGUUACUACCACCUUCGAUACUGGACUCGGGAGGCGUGCAAUAGUAAAUGGAGACAACCGCACCCCUGCCGCACACACCCGGCUUAUUAUCCUGACCAUCUUUAUUAUCGUCUUAUUUGCGUUCCCAGCUCUUUUCAAGCUUUUACGGGAAUGGACCAAUAUUCUUGCGUGUCGCCGACGUUGGUGGAGGAACUACAUUCUGCCGACGUUGUUUGGCUCCGAGCCAAUCGUGCGCCCGGGUUUCAUGGGUGGGGAGAAGGACGCGUCAAAGACCUGUGGGAGCGGAGACGAACAUGGAAGACGAAAUCAUGGGCUAGAAAUGGAAAGGACGCACGACGAAGGAGGCGAAGUGGAUGUUCAUGGCGUAUUCACGAUUGUGGAUACAUCACGGCUCGAAGAGCUUAUCCGUGAACGCACUACUGUGCUGGAUAAUCUUGAAGUCGCUGAAGCCUAUUACAUUCGUUCGUUCCAACUCUCGGCAUCCAUUCCUGGCUCAGACGAGGAGACCUCCGAAGGCGAAGAGCGCCACAGUGGGCCCAGGAUCAGUCGACCACUACCUCUAGGGGGAAGAAGACGAGACCGUAUUAACCAGCUGGGGCCUGGAGAACACGGAGGGCCGACGCCCACAUCGUACGUUGCUCCAUCACAGUAUUACAAACUGCGGAAUGUCAAAGGGAUAACUGGUGGCCGAAUUACAUCCUCGAACGAUAGCCUCGCAUUCCGUAUCAGUCAGCGUGUAAUAGGGAGUCGCUUCCAGGAAGUCACACGCCAUACUGGUGAAUUGGCUGCUGUACCUCCCACUCCCGCUGUACAUGGUGCAUUCCCAAGCACUGGAACUGGGUCGGAAUCGCUGGGGGCGUUUGGGCCAAAUCACCCUCCAAUCGAUGAGGAGUCAUGGGAAAUGACUGAUGUGCCUGGCGAUGCCGAAUUUGCUCGUGGACGAAGAGGCACAAGUUGGCUUUCUUCCACUGCAGUUGGGACCGGAACAGGGACAGGAGGCCCCUCGAAAGCUGCAACUGUGCGCGAAUCAGUGGCAAGCCCCAAACCGAUGAGGAAGAUGCGGGAGUCAAAUGACCCAUAUACUCACAGAGAAACCUUGGAUACUCUUGGGCGCCGAGAUAAUAGCGAUGAAUAUCGUCGACAGGCUACUAUGGAUAGCAGAAGAGAGCCUAUUAUUAGUACUCCUAACCCGACUCCAGGCCGUACAAGCGCCGCGAGACGGCGAAGCGGGGACCACUCUUCUACACACCGCCAGCCUAUUUUACGGCCCAUCUCUGGAUUGGACCAUGAUACUCUCACACUGGUUUACGACGAUAUCCGAACAUGGCGCUCGCGUCUCAAGGCCCUCAACGGUGAAAUCGCUGAAGCACAACAAGAAGCCUACAAUGCGAUAGCAGAGGGCCGAAAUGUCAAGGGCUGGCUCCUUGUCGGUCGCAACGUGCGCUACCUGGCAGGCACAGAAUCAAUCGAGGGACGCGCUAAGGUGGAUAUCCGAUGGCGGGAGUUACAGUUAGGCGAACAAGGUGGCCCAUGGAGUGAUCUCAGGUACUGGACUGUCGUCGCUUUGGUAGCUGUCUUACUUGCCGCUUCAUUGAUACCCGUAGCCGGCCUUGCCUUAGCUGGCGCCCCUGAUUUUGCGCACUACCUCCCUUUCCUCACUAGGCUUUCUGGAAGAGAUGACCUGGGCGCUUCAAUAGCCACAACCGUUGCGCCUGCAAUCACUGCUACUCUUUUCAUUACCAAACUCAGAGCGUUCAAGGCAACAUUCUACGUACUUACAUUUGUUGCAACUGUAUGGAUUAUCGCUGCCGGGGCACUCAUCUUUGGUGUUGGUGCAUUUGGCGCUGACAGUCAAAGGUCAAGGACUGUAGCAGAUGGAACCACCUAUAUUGCAGUUCUCCUAAUGGUGAUCGUCUUAAACGCGGCAGUUAUCGCUCCGGGCCUGCAGAUGCUACAGCCAAUCAGGUUUUGGAAGAUAUAUUGGGCGAAACAAAAGGCUAUCACCCCAAGGCAGCGGUUUCGCGCUCUCUACCCGGCUUCUUUUAACCCAACUUAUGCGUCCGGAUGCUGUGUGUUAGCCGUGAUAUUUGCAUCAACGUUCUCGCUCAUCUUUCCUCUCAUCGGACCGCCUAUCUUACUGCUUGUGUUGCUCUCUUUGGUUGCCUACCGGUACCUGUUGGAUAUGUUUGGUCUCGAACUGAUGCCCCUUCGACCGGUGGCAUACUUCAGCUAUGGCUCUUGCGUCGCUUCGCUACCCUUCUUGCUCUCCAACCGACCUUACUCGGCCUUAUCCUCCUCUCCCGACGUUUAUGGGUCCUUUCGGGAGUCCUAUCCCGUAAUCCUCCCGAACGCAAGUUCAGCCCUAUCGUUCGAGAUUCACUCGCCACAUUCCGCAGAUCUGUCCGGGGAAGCAAAGCAAGCGCCGUCUAACGAUCGAGGAAGAUGGCACGAGCCUUUUUUGGAUAUGAUGAGUAUUACCUUGAACAUCAUGCCGUCGCCCAACCGCCCCAAAGAUGCAGUUCCCGUCGAGACCGAAGAUAUUGACGACCUCGUGUCUACUGAGCGUGCCGCACACACUUAUCCUGGCGCCGCACCAAUGAUUCCCUCAACGGAUCAUGCAACAGAGACAGCAGGGCUAUUAUACCCCCCUGAACUUCUUGCGCCUCCGCCGAUGAUUUGGCUCCCCAACGAUCGUUCGGGCAUUGCACAAUCCGAAGCCUAUGACCUAGGAAGGUAUCAUGACUUGGAGACUGUCCUUGACCCUGGGGAUUAUACCGCAGAGGGGGGUCCGAUGGGAAGACGAUCAAACGAACGGACUCCUACACCUAAACAUUGA